GAAUUCAUGCCAAGACGAUCGAUGGAAGAAAGCGGAGUAUCUCGCCAAGGCACAAACACAAAAUUCAAGGGCAAGAGAAGAUGGAUUUUCUUCAAGUGUCUUUAUCCUAAUUUCUUACAAAGAGCUACACAACAUAAAAGAUGCAAUGGUGGAUACUUACGAUUUGGCUGUUAUGUAUAAACAACUCAUCACCAGUGCAAGCACUAGAUUUAUUGGAUGAAGAAAUCUCCUAUGGAGUACCUACUUUACUGUUAGAUAAUUUGCAAUUAACAUUAUCAUCACAACUGUUGGUUGAUAUCUUCUCCCCAACAGUCAAAACUUUAAAAGGUUAUUUAGGAUGGCUACCUAAAACUAGUAACACCACUUACACAAGUUGCUCUGAAAACGAAUCUCAAUCGGGAGCAAUAUGCCUUAAAUAUAAGAAAGAAAUGAAACUUAUAGUGAUGCAAGACAACUCAGAUCACUGUGAAAAAGAUAGUUUGACAUGCCACACAAUUUCUUGUCACAAAAUCCAUUGGUUUAAUCACAGGGGAGGUUCUAUGGAUUGCUUUUUGCUGGGAGAUGAUUUAUGGUACGGAGGAAGCAGUACAAUAUCACAAAGAUGGCCAUUACAAAGUGAUUCCAGACCAUGGUAUCCAGCAGCAACAGGGGAUCCUUUACACCAUCCGUCAGGCAAUGUUUUGGAAAAUCUUUGGAUAUCAUCAAGUGGAUUUGCAAUAUUUGUUGAUCACAAUACAUCCCUCUAUGUGAAUUUCAAUGAAAGUGGAAAUGGAAAACUUUGUUUCACUACAUCUGCAAAAAAGCACCCCUACCAAAAUAGAGAAUUAAAAACAAAUGAUUUGGCCUAUUCUAUUUGUGCAGCUUCCUCAAUAAAAGAAGCUCACACUUUUAGCUUACAUAAAUGGAUAAAAAAACCAUCUAAUAUACCAAAUGAAAAAUUAUUUCAACAUCCAAUUUGGUCAACUUGGGCUAAAUAUAAACAGAAUAUUGAUCAAAACAUUGUUUUGAAUUUUGCUUCAGAUAUUUUUCAGUCAGGCUUUGAAGCUAGUCAAUUAGAAAUUGAUGACAAAUGGGAAAAUUGUUACGGCAAUUUAGAAUUUGACCAGGAAAAAUUUCCAGACCCAGCAAGGAUGACUGAAGAACUAAAAUCUUUCGGGCUUUACACAACCUUAUGGGUCCAUCCAUUUUGCAAUAAAAACUGUGUGACAUAUAACAUUGGUAAGACAAAAGGAUAUUGGGUGAAAAAUAAGGAAGGUAAUGUUUUAGAUGUGAAAUGGUGGAAUGGGUUGGGAGCAGUUUUAGAUGUAACAAAUGAAGAAGCAGCAGAAUGGUUUAAAGAGAGAUUGCAAAUGAUACAAAUUAAUUUUGGAAUUGAAUCUUUUAAAUUUGAUGCAGGAGAAAUAUUAUGGCUUGACACAGAUUUCUACUUUCAUAAUUCUGAAGCAAAUGCACAACCAAAUAUUUAUUCCCAAUUAUAUGCUGAGAUAGCAGCAGAAUUUGGCAGAAAUGUAGAAGUCAGAACUGGAUAUAAAACACAGCACUUACCUAUUUUAGUUCGAAUGUUUGAUAAAUAUUCUGUUUGGAAUUAUGCAAAUGGUUUACAAACAUUAAUACCUAAUACACUUAACCUGUCAAUGUUAGGUUACUAUUUCGUUCUACCAGACAUGGUUGGAGGCAAUAAUUAUAAUUCUCUGGAUGGUUCUUUACCAGAAAGGGAACUAUAUGUUCGUUGGUUAGAAGCAAAUAUAUUUUUACCUUUCAUUCAAUUUUCAAUACCACCGUGGGAUUAUGAUGAUGAAAUUGUCCAAAUUUCUAAAAAAAUGCUAUCUUUAAGAGAACAAUACAUUGGUGAUAUUAUGAGAAUAGCGCAUAAAGCAACCUUAAAUGGUGAACCAAUAAUUCGCCCACUUUGGUGGAUAACACCAGAUGAUAGUGAAGCAUAUAAAAUAGACUCUGAGUUUCUAGUGGGUGAUGAAAUAUUAAUAGCGCCUGUUCUACAUAAAGGAACUAAUCAAAGACACAUAUACUUGCCAGGUGGUAAAUGGAAAGAUGCACAAAGAGGGAAAAUUUAUGAAGGAUCAGAGUGGCUUUACAAUUAUAAUGCCCCAUUAAACUUUCUUCCUGUCUUUAUACGAUAUGCUGGAAUAUAGGAACAUUUAGAGGUAUUUGGCACUAUAUUUUGUAAACAUUACUGUAUUGUUUUGCAAUACAUUUUUAUCCCCAUCGUAAAUUUUGCAUCAUUAAAGAUGUUCAGAGUAAAA